UCAGGUCUCCCUCCCUCCUGCACCCUGCCCCCACGCACAUCCGAUCCCAUACUGCCCUUUCGGUCCGCUGGUGGUGCGGCCGCGGCCAGAGCCCCGCCCCGCCAGUUCGCACGUGGCCCCCGCCUGACCCGGCGCCGGGAGGCGGAGUAGGGCGGGGCAGGCGGCAAACGCAGCACUUUCCGCGGCUUUGACAAGCCCGCGGCGGCCGGGCCCGAGCGCUUAACGAGGCCGAGACUGCGCCAUGCAGGAAGCGCCGGCCGCGCUGCCCACGGAGCCGGGCCCCAGCCCAGUGCCUGCCUUCCUCGGCAAGUUAUGGGCGCUGGUGGGCGACCCGGGCACCGACCACCUGAUCCGCUGGAGCCCGAGCGGCACCAGCUUCCUCGUGAGCGACCAGAGCCGCUUCGCCAAGGAGGUGCUGCCCCAAUACUUCAAGCACAGCAACAUGGCAAGCUUCGUGCGGCAACUCAAUAUGUACGGUUUUCGGAAGGUGGUGAGCAUCGAGCAGGGUGGCCUGCUGAGACCCGAACGGGAUCACGUCGAGUUCCAGCACCCGAGCUUCGUACGCGGCCGAGAGCAACUGCUGGAACGCGUGCGCCGCAAGGUGCCCGCGCUGCGCGGCGACGACGGCCGCUGGCGCCCCGAGGACCUGGGCCGGCUGCUGGGCGAGGUGCAGGCUUUUCGGGGAGUGCAGGAGAGCACCGAGGCGCGGCUGCGGGAACUCAGGCAGCAGAACGAGAUCCUGUGGAGGGAGGUGGUCACGCUGCGGCAGAGCCACGGUCAACAGCAUCGGGUCAUCGGCAAGUUGAUCCAGUGCCUCUUUGGGCCACUUCAGGCUGGGUCUGGCAGCGCAGGAGCUAAGAGGAAGCUGUCGCUGAUGCUGGAUGAGGGGUGCCCAACGCCAGCCAAAUUCAACGCCUGCCCCUUACCUGGUGCCCUCCUGCAGGACCCCUACUUUAUCCAGUCGCCCCUCCCGGAGACCACGCUGGGCCUCAGCAGCCCUCACAGGGCCAGGGGCCCCAUCAUCUCCGACCUCCCGGAAGACUCUCCUUCCCCUGAAGGAACCAGGCUUUCCCCCUCCAGUGGUGGCAGGAGGGAGAAGGGCCUGGCACUGCUCAAAGAAGAGCCAGCCAGCCCAGGGGGGGAAGGCGAGGCCGGGCUGGCCCUGGCCCCAAACGAGUGUGACUUCUGCGUGACAGCACCCCCACCGCUGCCUGUGGCUGUGGUGCAGGCCAUCCUGGAGGGGAAGGGGAGCUUCAGCCCUGAGGGGCCCAGGAAUGCCCAACAGCCUGAACCAAGAGGCCCCAGGGAGGUUCCUGACAGGGGCCCUCUUGACCUGGAGAGGGGAGCCCGGAGCCCAGACAGUCUGCUGCCUCCAGUGCUGCUUCGGGCCCCCCCUGAAAGUGUGGAGCCCGCAGGGCCACUGGAUGUGCUGGGCCCCAGCCUCCAAGGGCGGGAAUGGACUCUGAUGGACUUAGACAUGGAGCUGUCCCUGUUGCAGCCCUUGGUUCCAGAGAAGGGUGAGACUGAGCUGGCAGUUAAGGGGUUAAAUUCUCCAUGCCCAGAGGGCAAGGCGAGUGAAGCUCUCCUUCCCCGAAGAAAGGAGAUGCCCGUCUCUCCCUGCUGAGUACAGCCCCGCUUCUCCUAGGAAAGGACUCCACACUCGGGGCACCACUCCUGCUGGACAUCCCAGCGUCUUUAGGAGGCCCAGCCCUCAGCCUGCCUGGAGCUUUAACCAUUUACAGCAGCCCUGAGAGCCGGGCCUCCUACCUGGGCGCGGGAGACAACCCCUCCCCUUGAGACACCCUCCACACCGAAGCCAGCCCUACUGAGGGGCUGGCCGGCAGUAGCACGCCCCGCUCGGCUUCCUUGAGCCCCCUGGUGGACUCUGAGUGAAGCCCCAGUUACUUGGCAGCCCCUCUCCAUUCCCGAGUCCUGCAUAAAACCGCAUUUUUUUCCCUGUG